AUGAGAAAGAUUGGAGCCUUGGUGUCUGCCUUGUCGGAGAAGAAGGCAGUGUGGCCAGAGAAAGUCAAGAUCGAAUUCUUGGAGGAGACAAACCAAGGUCAGCCCAAAGUCGCGCAAUGGAGGCCGCACAGUGAAUACUUACAUCAAGUUUUCCAAGAAGCUGGUUUGAGCAUGGGCGACUUCAACAUUUUCUACAAGGACAAGGAUGGAGAGCAAAUGUUGCUUAAGCCCACGAAGAUGGGCGUUGAAGACUUCCUCCAUGAUCAUAGUGACCCGCCACGUUUGCAGGUGAGGUGGCGCCCUCCAACAUUUUCGGAAUCAGCCAAGCAGACCGUCCAAGCAAGAAUCAAAGCCUUCAAGGACUUUAUUGGUAGAGGAGAAGCGACAGACGAAGCUAUGAAGAAAGCCCAGAAUGAGCUUGAACAAAAGGGUGGUAGGGUCGUUCCGAGCAGCAGUGUCUCGGGCCGCAGCUUCAUCGACCACAAAGGUUACGGGGCCGAGAAAUGGGAUGAGGCGGUGGCGGGCCUAGAAAAGGAACUCAAACUGACACAGGCUGAGAGUGAGGCCUUGAAGAUCGCGAGCCUGAGGAGAGAAGGGAAAGGCGCUUUCCACCAUGAGGAGAGGAAUGGCAACCGCUUGAAGACCGCGUACAUUGCUUACAGCACCGUGAAGAGUCCGGCUGAGAGUGGCGGUGACGGCACCAGCAAGGAGACCAUCGACAUAGUCUAUGGCAAGCACGAGGAGACCAUGGAGAUCAGCAAAUCCGUGACAUCUCUACCGCCAGAAAACUGCAUCCAGUACGGUGGCCGCACGUUCUCAGUGUGGCCGCCAGGGCCUCCGCACAGCACCACGCAUGGGACCGACAUGUGUGGGUUGCAGGUCGACCUGCCUCCUGGGUGGCAGAUCGUGGACUCGUCGCAAGAAGGCUUCGAAAAUAUCCGGAAGUGGGUGAUUGCACCGUAUGGAUGGCAUACGAUAGAUCUGGUGACAAAGAGUGGAGAGACGCUGAAGGCAUGGCACACAAGGCGAGGCGGCAGUGUAGCAGGAGAUUUCGGUGGCGACUUAUCCAAUCAGGUCUCACUGCGUGGCCAAUCCAGCUUCAAAUUCAACACUAGUGGCUCCUACCGCAUCUUGAUCGAAGCAUUGCCAUCCGCCAGUCCCGAGCUCAUUAACCACUGGAAGCGCUACGUCGAGCUGUCAGCCCAGCGCGAGUGGUCCCAACGCCUCAGCCUGCCGAUGGCUGGAGUGCUCUCAGCCGAGCAGCAGCUGAGUGAGCCAUCGCAGCCAUCGCCUUGA